CACACUUCGGCGGCUUAUGGGAAGCUGCAGUAAAAUCUGCCAAACAUCUCCUCUUAAAAAAUGUGACGACGGCAAAUCUAACUUAUGAGGAGUUAGAAACGGUUAUAGUCGAAAUAGAGGCCAUACUAAACUCUCGACCAUUAACACCGAUAUCUGACAACCCAAACGACGUAACAGCACUAACGCCAGGGCAUUUCCUGAUAGGAGAGCCGUUAACCGCACAAGCUGACAGUGAGCCAUCCCAGCAGCCAAAGACGCUAGGAAAUCGAUGGCAAGCAGUGUCAAAGUUGAAGCACUCAUUCUGGACACAAUGGUCCAAUGAAUAUCUUCAGCAGUUGCAACAGCGUCAAAAGUGGAGGAAGUCUUCGGCUAACAUUAAGGAAGGAACAUUAUGUAGCAAGGUAAUAAUUAGUGAGGCAUUCAACUAGUAUUUAAAAUAGCAUACAGCGCGCAUUGGUAUUUACCGCACCAUCGAUACACUCGGUGGGAAAUACCAAUAGUGAGAUAUCGGAUAAGAAACAUCGAGAAGAGAGUGAGGGCACUUUGUAAAGGGCGAUUGCGAGAGACGGACGCGCAGCUAAUAAAAAAGAGUUACAUUAAAUCACCGGGUUUGUGUUUUUAUACCUAUACAGUUCACUCACGCACCGAUAUUGGUCACUACAAUUCCCGGGUUAGACGGCCUACAAUUUCAGAAGUGGGAUACGAUCAAUCGCCGCCAGUGAAAAAUAGCGAAAAUUUUUAUUAUCUCGUCCGUCGAAGACGCCAUCGCUGAAAAAAAACAUGUCGGACUUGGUCGGCACGGAGGAGUUCUCGGCCGCCCAGCUGCGCGAAUGGCUGGAGUCCCUCAAUCUACCAAAAGGUGGAAGCAAAGCUGCCAUGGCAGCGAGACUUAACGAAAUACCAGUAGAGCUGCGGGGACAGGGACCACCGGCAGCCGAAACAUGCGAGAACGAGAGGGAAGAUGAGGCGGCCGCAGAUCAAGACUCGACGAAGAGCGAACGCAAAGAGAAGAACGAAAAAGCACCGCAAGCGCCUGGGCACAACAACAACCAUGGCGAAUAUCGAGCAGAGGUUGAAAUGUUAAAACUGCAAAUCGAGCUGCUGAAGCUGCAGAGCGAGAGGGAGAAGGAAGGGAGAGGAGAGAACACAACACCAGCCGCCAGCAAUGACGCUGGCGUCAUGUUGCUAAAUGCCGCCAAAGACAUGUUGCCAACAUAUCAUGGCAACAUUUCUGGAAACAACGAUGACGUCACAACUUGGAUCGCGCAGUUUAAGGCCGUCGCAAAAGUGAACAAACUGAAGGAUGAGAAGCUACUAAUGCUGCUAAUGUCGAAGCUUAAGGACAAAGCAUUGGUGUGGCUGCAUUCGAGUCCGGAGCACAUGUCGCUGCCAAUCGAUCAAUUGUUGAACGUCAUGGAAGACACUUUCCAUCCCAAGGAAAGCAAACUGUUGCUCCGUCGCAAGUUCGAGUCCCGUUCAUGGGCACGUGGCGAGGAGUUCUCGAUGUACUUCAACGCCAAAGUGUCGCUGGCAUCCCGCAUAGUCAUUGACGACGAGGAGUUUAUUGACGGAGUCAUCGAAGGUAUCCCAGAUGUAGGCCUGCGUAGGCAAGCCCACAUGCAGUGCUUUGGCGCUCCAUAUCAACUACUCAAGGCGUUCGAGAAGAUCAUGCUGCCAAAGAAGUACGGUUCAACUGAAGGGGCAAACACUGGAGCCUCGCCAACACCCAUUCGCUGCUACAACUGCAACUCUUUGGGCCACGUGGCAGGGGAGUGCCGCAAGCCCAAGCGCGAAAGAGGAGCGUGCUACGGAUGCGGCAGCAUGAGUCACCAGGUGUCACACUGUGACGAAAAGAAGUACAAGAUUGCCUCAUCGACUCAGGGAGCCCAAUAAGUUUUAUGAAGUUAUCGUGUCUAGAGCACCAGUCGGAAAAUAACCUAAAUAAAGUGGAAGAGCGCUCACGAUUAAGUUCGAACGAAAUCAAAGAAGAUGAUUUAAGUUUAUAUAAGUUUAACAAAGACAAGAAAAACAGAGAAAUUGAAUUUAUUUUGAAUAAAAAUGCGGAUUACGCUUAUGUUGGACUAAAUAAUAGCAAA